CUUUUAUCCAUGCAAAGAAUCUCCUUAAAAUCAGGCAUAGAUAUACUCCUCGUCGGAGUUUCCUCUUUCUUCAGUAUUUUGCAACUUAAUGCCUUCUUUUAUCCAUGCAAAAGAUCUCCUCAAAAUCAUGUCAUAGACAUGCUCCUCGUCCCAGUUUGCUGAAUUGAAAAGAAAGGAGUUUCUUGUAACCCAAAUAAACCACAGAUAACAAAGAAAAUAAAGUCCCUUGCUUUUCUUGCAGGUGAUAAGAAUCAAAGAGUUCUUUGCUUUUCUUGUCGUCGACGAGGUUUAGCAUUUUGGGUGGUAAACUCUCAUCGAAGUGAGAAAAAUGUCAAGCUCCGACAACGAAGGAAAUGGUGUUCCGCCUUCGGGCAACGUUGUCAACAAUAAUAGAGCCAACAACUCUGGAAUUGGUUCUGGAAGCCAAAACAAUGGCCAAGGUUCUGGAUCUAAUUAUGGUAGUCAUUUUGGCGGCAAUUUCAACGUUGGACCUGGUGCUGGAGGAUGGAAUUCUGGCCCUCGUUCUGGAAGUAUCAACGAGUUGAGGGGGCCAGCCAACUUUUUGUCGGAAGAUAAGACCACAGAGAAGAGCGUUGGACGCGGGACUGAGCCUGCAUCAACAAAGACAGAGAAUUCCCAUGGUGCUGAAAAAGACAAGGCUAACCUUGGCAAGGUUGAGUUUAGCAUGGCUAGACACAACACAGUUGAAAACUUGGACGAGCAAAUUGAGCAGCGGAAGCAUGUCGAAGAGAUGGAGAAGUCCUUGGCUAAGAUGACAGAACUCGUUCUUAAGUUGGAAAAAGGACUGAUGUCAAUCAAGGCGUUCUUACUUUGUUGCUUGUUUGCUUGCUUACUUGCUGCUUUUUAUUGUGCCAAGUAUGGCACUUGGGCAACACUACCAUGAUGUAACCCUCUUAUUGUGUUUGUUUUGGGUUGAACAUCUUUAUAUGUAGCGAAAUCUAGACUUUGUCGCUUGUUUGCUUGCUUUCUUGUGGCUUUCUAUUAUGCAGAGUAUGGCACUUGGACAAAUAUAUUUAUGUUAUUUACAUGUGAUGAAAAAUGGAUGAAGGAGGUUGUCUUAUAUUAUAAUCAUUUUGCAUGGUGCACCCUCUUCUUUUCUUUUCUUUCUCUUUUUUUUAAUCAAUUCUCCUUAUCUGU